AUGCUCUUUCUCCAUUAUUUUCAUUCUACGUCCUUUUUCAUCAUAAUUCUCUUCUUCAUAAUUUUUUCGUCUUGUCCUUUUUCCUUUUCAUUCUUUUUAACUUCAUCCUUUUUUCUUCUUCGUUCUCUUUUUUUAUUCUUUUCUUUCUUUAUCGCUUUUUUCUUCAAAUGUUAUUCUUUCUGCUUAACGUUCUUUAUUUAUUUCUUACUUCAGAUGUUCUUCUUCUGGUUGACCUUCUUCAUUCACUUCUUUCUUCAGGUAUGUUCUUCUUUACGCUUAACCUUCUUUAUUCACUUCUUUCUUCAGAUAUUCUUCUUUCGGAUUAGCGUUCUUUAUUCACUUCUGUCUUUCGAUAUGUUGUUCUUUCUGCUUAGCCUUCUUUAUUCACUUCUUUCUUCAGAUGAUCUUCUUUUCGCUUAUCCUUCAUUAUUCACAUCUUUGUUUCGAUGUCCCUCUUUCUGCUUAACCUUCUUUCUUAACUUCUUUUUUCAGAUGUUCUACUUCCGGCUUAAUCUUAUUUAUUCACUUAUUUUUUCAUAUGUUCUUCUUUCUGCUUAUCCUUCUUUAUUCACUUCUUUCUCUAGAUGUCCUUCUUCCGGCUUAACCUUCUUUAUUCACUUCUUCCGAUGUUCUUUCUGCUUCGCCUUCUUUAUUCACUUCUUUCUUCAGAUGUUUUUCUUUUUGCUUAACCUUCUUUAUUCACUUCUUUCUCUAGAGAUGUUCUCUUUUCUGCUUAGCCUUCGUGAUUUCUUUAUUUCUUCAGAUGUUCUUCUCUCUGCUCAUCCUUCUUUGUUCAUUUCAUUCUUUCGUUAUUCUUCUUUCUGCUUAGCCUUCUUUAUUCACUUCUUUCUUCAGAUGUUCUUUCUGCUUAGCCUUCUUUAUUCACUUCUUUCUUCAGAUCCUUCUUUAUUCACUUCUUUCUUCAGAUGUUCUUUCUGCUUAGCCUUCUUUAUUCACUUCUUCAGAUGUUCUUUCUGCUUAGCCUUCUUUAUUCACUUCUUUCUUCAGAUGUUCUUUCUGCUUAGCCUUCUUUAUUCACUUCUUUCUUCAGAUCCUUCUUUUAUUCACUUCUUCAGAUGUUCUUUCUGCUUAGCCUUCUUUAUUCACUUCUUUCUUCAGAUGUUCUUUCUGCUUAGCCUUCUUUAUUCACUUCUUUCUUCAGAUGUUCUUCUUUCCGCUUAUCUUUCAUUAUUCACUUCAUUGUUUCGAUGUCCUUUUUUCUGCUUAACCUUCGUUAUUAACUUCUUUUUUCAGAUGUUCUACUUCCGGCUUAAUCUUCUUUAUUCACUUCUUUCUUCAUAUACUUCUUUAUUCACUUCUUUGUUUCGAUGUCCUUCUUUCUUCUUAACCUUCUUUAUUAACUUCUUUUUUCAGAUAUUCUUCUCUCGGCUUGACAUUCUUUAUUCACUUCUCUCUUCCUUCUUCAAAUGUUCCUUUCUUCCUUCUUCAAAUUAUCUUCUUUAUUUCUUCUUAGUUCUUCUUCGUUUAUUCACUUCUUUGUUCAGAUGUUCUUCUCCCGAUGUUCUUUCUUCUCAGCGUUCUAUAUUAACUUCUUUCUUCAGAUGUUCUUCUUUAUGCUUAGCCUUCUUUAUUCUCUUAUUUCUGCCGAUGUACUUCUUGCUUAGCCUUCUUUAUUCACUUCUUUCUUUCGAUGUUCUUCUUUCUGCCAAGACUUCUUAUUCACUUCUUUCUUUCGAUGUUCUUUUUCUACUUAACCUUCUUUUUUCAUUUCUUUCUUCUGAGACUUUUCUCUAUUUCAGAUAUCCAGCCUCUUUCCCUCUUAGCAUUUUCUCCCGCCCAGCCGACCGCCACUCCGACAACCUAAUCGUGUCCUCUUCGACAUCUUCCUUCACCCUCGUUCGACAUGACCCUCCCUCAUCACUGCUCAGGAAAUCAAUUUCAGAAUAA